AUGGGACGUCUACAAGUAGCUAUUGAUCGAGGUGGAACAUUUACUGAUGUUGUUGCUCGUACAUCAGAUGGUAAAAUUGUUACAAUGAAAUUAUUAUCUGAAGAUCCAGAAAAAUAUAAAGAUGCACCAACAGAAGCAAUACGUCGAUUAAUAAAACAAGAUUCUUUUCCACUUGAUCCAGCUAAUAUUGAUUGGAUUCGUAUGGGUACAACAGUAGCAACAAAUGCAUUACUUGAACGAAAAGGUGAACGUGUUGCUUUACUUGUUACAAAUGGUUUUCGUGAUUUACUUCAUAUUGGAAGUCAAUCUCGACCUAAAUUAUUUGAUUUAACAGUUCGUAUAUCGGAUGUUGUUUAUGAAGAAGUAAUUGAAGUACAAGAAAGAGUUGUAAUUUUUCGUGAUGAUUGUGAAUUAACUGAUGAAAUACGAGGAAAAAUUCAACAAACAACAACAACAACAGGAGAAAAGAUUGAAAUUUGGAAAGCAGUUGAUGAAGAACAAUUACGUAAAGAUUUAGGUAAAAUCAAAGAAAAAGGUAUUUUAUCAAUAGCUGUUGCACUUCUUCAUUCAUAUUGUUUUCCUGAUCAUGAAUUACGUGUUGGUGAAAUAGCACGUGAUAUGGGUUUUACAAAUAUAUCUCUAUCACAUCAAAUAAUUGCUAUGCAAAAAUAUGUACCAAGAGCUCAUACAGCUUGUACGGAUGCUUAUUUAACUCCAUGUUUAAAACGGUAUAUUGAUACAUUUACAAAUGCAUUUGAAAAAGAUAAACUUAAUGAACUUAAUGUUCUGUUUAUGCAAUCAGAUGGUGGUUUAACAUCAGUUGAAAAAUUUUCUGGAUCACGUGCUAUUCUUUCUGGACCUGCAGGUGGUGUGAUUGGAUAUUCAGUAACAAGUUAUAUAAAUUCACAACCAGUUAUUGGUUUUGAUAUGGGUGGAACAUCAACUGAUGUUAGUCGAUUUGAUGGUUCACUUGAACAUGUUCUUGAAAGUACAAUUGCAUCUGUAACUAUUCAAGCACCACAAUUAGAUAUAAAUACAGUAGCUGCUGGUGGUGGAAGUAUAUUAAAUUUUCGUUCAGGUCUAUUUCGAGUUGGUCCAGAAUCAGCUGGUGCACAACCUGGUCCAGCAUGUUAUAAAAAAGGUGGACCAUUAACUGUAACUGAUGCUAAUUUAAUCUUAGGUCGUUUAAUAGCAGAACAUUUUCCAGCAUUAUUUGGUCCAAAAGGAAAUGAACCAUUAGAUCCUGAAGCAUCGUUAAAUAAAUUUAAAGAAUUAGCAACAACAAUAAAUUCAUUUUUGAAAGAAGCUGGAAAGAAAACAUUAAGUAUUGAAGACAUAGCUUUGGGUUUUAUUAAUGUUGCUAAUGAAAGUAUGAGUCGUCCUAUUCGAGCAUUAACUGAAGGAAAAGGUUUUGAUCUUCGUGAUCAUGUUUUAGCAUGUUUUGGUGGUGCUGGUGGUCAACAUGCUUGUGCAAUUGCACAUGCUUUAGGCAUGAAAACUGUUCAUGUUAGUCGUUUUGCUGGUGUUCUUUCAGCUUUGGGUUUAGCAUUAGCUGAUGUUGUUCAUGAAAUGCAAGAACCAUCAGGAAAAGUAAUCGAUUCUAAUAAUUGGUCAAAUAUUAAUGAUCGAUUAAAGCAUCUUUCAAACUAUGGAACAGAUGAACUUGUUAAACAAGGAUAUGAUCAGAAAUCAAUAAUUGUAGAAAAAUAUUUAAAUCUACGAUACGAAGGAACUGAUUGUGCACUUAUGUGUGCAAGCAAUGAAGAUUCAGCUGAAUCGUUUAUAGAUGUUUUUCUUAAAAAAUAUAAAGAACAAUUUGGUUUUAUUAUUCCGGAUCGUCCAAUUAUUGUUGAUGAUAUUCGAAUUCGUGCAUUAGCAAAAUCAGCAAUGAAUAUUGAUAGAAAAAUUGAUAUUCGACCAAAAGAUAAAUCUUUCAAAGAACUAAAGAAAGUAAAAUGUUAUUUCGAACAAGGUUUUGUUGAAACACCUGUUUAUCUUAUUGAAGAAUUAUAUGCUAAUGAUCAUAUAUCUGGUCCAGCAAUAAUUAUUGAUCCUAGUUGUACAAUUGUUGUUGAACCAAAUUGUGAAGCUAUAGUAACAGAUUGUGGUGAUAUUCGUAUAGAUAUUAAACAUAUGAAAGAGAAUACUGAUUCAAUUGAACUUGAUCUUAUUAGAUUAUCAAUUUUUCAAAAUCGUUUUAUGAGUAUUGCAGAACAAUGUGGUCGUGUUCUUCAAUUAACUGCUAUUUCGACAAAUAUCAAAGAACGUUUAGAUUUUAGUUGUGCUGUCUUUGGACCUGAUGGUGGUUUAGUUGCAAAUGCUCCUCAUAUACCAGUACAUCUUGGAGCUAUGCAAGAAGCCGUACAAUAUCAAAUGCGUUCUAUUGGCAAAGAUCUUCGUGAUGGAGAUGUGAUUUUGACUAAUCAUCCAGCAGCUGGAGGAAGUCAUUUACCAGAUUUAACUGUCAUUACACCAGUAUUUCAUGGAUCUGAUAAAGAGAAACCAGUAUUUUUUGUUGCAAGUCGUGGUCAUCAUGCUGAUAUCGGUGGUUUAACUCCAGGUUCGAUGCCUCCACAUUCGACAUCUCUACUUCAAGAAGGUGCACAAUUUAUUUCAUUUAAAAUUGUUGAACAAGGUCAAUUUAAAGAAAAAGAACUCAUAGAACAUUUAAAUGCACCAGGACAACAACCAAAUUGUUCAGGAACUCGAACAUUAAUGCAUAAUAUAGCUGAUUUAAAAGCACAAAUAGCUGCUAAUUUAAAAGGUGUUAAAUUAGUUCAAGAAUUGAUUGAUAUUUACAGUCUUAAAUUAGUUCAAGCUUACAUGGGAUAUAUUCAAGAUAAUGCUGAAACAGCUGUGAAAGAUUUACUUAAAACUGUAGUACAUUCUUUAUCUGGAAAAGAAAAUAAAAAUCAAGAUCAAGUUAAAUUACAAGCUGUUGAUUAUAUGGAUGAUGGAUCAAAAAUUUGUUUAUGUGUUGAAAUAAAUGGAAAAGAUUCUAAAGCUAAAUUUGAUUUUACGGGUACAAGUGAACAAGUAUGGUAUAACUGGAAUACACCACGUUCAAUUAGUUAUUCAGCUAUUAUUUAUUGUCUUCGAGCUAUGAUUGCGCAUGAAAUACCAUUAAAUCAAGGAUGUAUGAGACCAAUUGAAGUUAUUCUUCCAUCAGGAUCACUUCUUGAUCCACAUAAAGAUGCUGCAGUAGUCGGUGGAAAUGUUUUAACUAGUCAACGUUUAGUUGAUAUUAUACUUCGUGCAUUCAAUGUUUGUGCUGCAUCACAAGGUUGUAUGAAUAAUAUUACUUGGGGUGAUAAUAAAGCAACUAGUUAUUAUGAAACAGUUGCUGGUGGAGCUGGUGCUGGACCAAAUUGGCAUGGACGUUCAGGUGUUCAUACACAUAUGACUAAUACUCGAAUAACUGAUCCUGAAAUUCUUGAAAAACGUUUUCCUGUUAUUUUACAAAAAUUUUGUCUUCGUUCAUUAUCUGGUGGUCAAGGAAAAUUUCGUGGUGGUGAUGGUGUUGAUCGACAAAUAUUAUUUCGUCGUUCAAUGACAUUGUCAGUAUUAACUGAACGACGUGUAUAUCAACCUUAUGGAUUAAAUGGUGGUGAAAAUGGUCAAUGUGGAAAGAAUUUAUUAAAACGUGUUGAUGGACGAAUAAUAAAUUUAGGUGGAAAAUGUUCAGUACCAAUGGAACCUGGUGAUACAUUUAUUUUACUUACACCUGGUGGUGGUGGUUAUGGGCAAGUCAAUGAUAAAGAAGAAAAAAAUUCUGAAGAAACACAAUUUCAAACAUAUAUUGAACGUGGAAGUUUAUUUGAUUAUAGACUUGCUCAAGAAGGAGUUUAA